AUGGCAAAUGGGGAAAUAACAUCCUUAAGAGUUGCACCACCACCGAGUCAUCUCAUUCUGUGUGAAAUAGACGAGCGGGUUAUCGAAGUCUGUAAGAAGCAUCUUCCCUCCAUGGCGUCCUGUCUCAGUGAUCCUCGCGUGACUGUGUUUGUGGGGGACGGAAUCAAGUACAUGAAGGAACACAAGGGACAGUUUGAUGUCAUCAUCACUGAUGCUCCAGAUCCCAUUGGUGCAGCAGCAGGGCUGUAUGAGGAGUCAUAUUAUGCUAGUAUGAAGGCAGCUCUACGUACAAAUGGAAUCAUCUGCUGUCAAGGUGAGAAUCUGUACCUUGAUCUACCACUGAUUAAGAAGCUGAUGGGAAUCUGUAGACAGACUUUCCAGGUUGUGGGGUAUGCCUACACACUGAUUCCCACCUACACCGGCGGCCAUAUUGGAUUUGUCCUCUCCAGCACCAGUCCGGAUGUUAAAUUUAAUGAACCAAGAAGGAUUUACAGUGAGAGUGAGAUCAAGAAGAUGAAAAUGAAGUAUUACAACUCAGAAAUUCAUAAGGCAUCAUUUGUGAUUCCACAAUUUGCCAAGGAGGCCCUGGAACAGGUCUCCAAUGGAGUUUCCGACACUUGAUCAGCUGUUUUAACCUGAGUUGCCACUGCACUGAUUACUGCAUAAUCUGAAUGACCUUCUUGCACUCUUCCUGCACUCCAGUAACAAUGUGUGUAGACAGAUGAAUUUCAAUAUACAGCAGUGACGAUCAAGAGUUCAGUCCCUUGGCCAGUUUCUAUGAAUAUUUAGUCUUUUUUUUUUUUUUUUUAACCUGAUGGACAGUUUUAAAAUAGAUUUUAUGUUAGUAUACAGUUUGAAUAAAUACUCAGUCUAUGUAAAAAGUAUGGGCAUUUUUAUAAUAGCAGUAUUUUAUCAUGUCGAUGAUAAAUUUUAAAACUUUAUAAAAUGCUAACAAAAACUGAACUUAUUACAAGUUAAGCAAUGGUAUACAUAUGAUAGUUUCAAUUCAAAUGAAUUAAAAUAAUUGAAAAUAUAUCUUCUAAAUGAAGCUUAAUAACUUCUAUUUAGAUGUGUUGGCUUUAACAAAUAUCACCCAUGAAUUGCUUUAUUAAUUUAUUGUUUGUUUAUAUUGAUAUACAUACAUGUAUAGUAAAAAAAUACAACUGGUAUCUCUGUACCUUGGCUUUCACUGUAGUCUUGCAUUAAUCAUUAGCAUAUGAAUUAGCAUAGAGUAUUAUGUUCCAUUCAUAUUUGUAUUUCACACUGCCUGGAAAUAGAUAGACUUCAAACACCACACUUGUACAAUUGUCCUCUGCAUUGCUUUGUUGUUGUUGUUCAUGUUUACUCAAAAGUUACAAUGAGAAAAAAACAACUUUAAUCCAGUAUACAAACAUUUCGAGAUUCCAAAUAGAAUUACAUAUGCUCUAGAGCCAGCUACAUUACAAUGGGACAUAUUCUAACUGAUUCUAACUGUGGUGAGGGCUUGUUUUGAGACACAGUUAGAUUAUUCUCUCUAGUGGUGUGCUUUGCAUAUAUUUUACUUAACCUCUGCAUCAUUUAUUGUAAUUAAUGCUCUGUUUCAAUUUUCUGCUGUAGGAAAAGAGUGUUUUUUUUUUAAUACAAAAACUAUAUUUAUACAUGCACAACAGCAUCAAGCAAUGGAUGAUAUUUUUUAAAAGAUAAAAAAAUGUAUUACCAUAGUUGUUUUGUAAUAUUGAUGUUCUUUAAUCGGUACAGAUACUUCAUGAUACUUUCAGUUCACAAAAUAGGGCUACCAUGUAGAACAAUGCAAGUAUCAUUUAUUUGUUAAUACAUGUAUAACAUUCCUAAAUUUUAUGUUAUGCUUUAAAUACAAAGUUCUUUCUGAAAACGCUAUUGUUAAUGAUUCUCCAUUAUUUUUGAGAUAUGACUAUUGUCCUUCUUAUUUUAUGUACCUGGUACAAUUAUAUAGACCUUGAAAGUUGUUUUAGAUAAAUAUACAUAUAUGUAUCAUUUUGACUGUUAUAAGAUUGAUAACAAAUCAGUUGUUUAUUAUUUCCAUACGAGUUAGUUUAAAUAGAUUUGAAUAUACAUUCAUGUUAUCACAUUUUUUCUAUAGCUUCCUAUGUCAGCCUGUUAUAAGUCAACCCCAUGUUAUUUUUUAUUAACCAGAAGUUAACUGAGAAGUGCUCUUGGAUGCAGUGUUGAAAAUGAAAAUCAUAUUUUAUAUCAUGUUAUGAUUUUUAUGUUAUCUGCAAAAAAAAAAACAAAAAAAAAAGAUUUAAAAAUAGUGUAAAAGAAUAUUUUUUUGGCAGAAUUUAAUAUAUGUUCAAUGUAUUGGGGGGAAAAUGGAACUAUGAAUGCACAAUUCCAAUAUUCAUUCAAAAAGUAUCUCUAAAAAGUAUUUAUUUUAUUAUAAAUUAAAGAAGUAGGUCAAAGGCAAAAAAAAAAAAAAAUGAAAAAAAAAUCAUGCCAGUAUAUUGCUGAACUUAAGUUGCUUUUUUUUCUCAAGAAUUACUGCAGCACAAUGCGAAUAGAUGUUGUAUGUUUUGCUGGAGAAUAUUUCAAAAAUCUACUGUUAGAGUUAAUUUUCCUAAUUUUUAUCAGUAAUAAUUGUUUUAUCUCAUUGGACUUACAUCAACACUGACCCUCAAACAUUGACAAGGGCAUUGCUCAUCGUGUUUAUAAAUAUUGCCGAUAUAUAUCUAUAUAUUCAUUGUGUUCAUUUAAAAAAAUAUUUGAAGGGAGCAGCAUGGUCUCUAUUUUUUUUCAAAUUGAUGGUUGGGAGGGGAUACUUUUCGCUUAAUAUGCUAAUGAUAAAACCUAAGAAAAAUUCUAGAUAAAAAAUUAUGUUUGUUUUGACAGUUACAGUAUAUAGGAAGACCUAAACAUCAGUGUGUUUGAAAAUUAAUCUUUUCUGAAUACAUAUCUUUCAAAAUUAUCCUAAUGAAGAAGCAGUUGCUUUUUUUGUAAAUUUUUCACUUUAAUUUGCAGUUUAUGGAGAAAAUAUGCUUAAAUUACACUACAAAGUGCAGAAUGAUUAUUCACUCUGUGUAUUGAAAUCUAGUUUGGUUGUUGUGCAAUAUAUAUCUUCUAUGGCAACUUAGUAUACAAUCCAGUGACCUUGUGAUAGUCAUACUAAUUUUUACUAGUGCUAUCUUUAGAAUUUUUCUGAUUGUUUGCUCACCAUCCAUUUACUUGCCUGUUAGAUCUAGUUCCUUUCAGGUAGUGGACACUAUUUUUGUUAGUGAUUGAUAAUAUAUUGUGAGUCUAUUGAUUGUAAAUCUUAUCCUCUGUUAGAUUACGUUUGGUCUAUGAAUUUUAUUGAUGCAAUAAAUAUGCUAUAAUGUG